CUGCAUAUAGCUGCAGCCAAUGGGUAUCUGCAUGCAGCUGAAGUCCUCCUUGACCAGGGGGCAAGCCUGGACGUUAAGGACUGGGAUGGCUGGGAACCUCUUCAUGCUGCUGCUUUCUGGGGACAGAUGCAGAUGGCUGAGUUGCUUGUGUCCCAUGGGGCUAGUUUGAGUGCCAGGACAUCUUUAGAUGAGAUGCCAAUAGAUCUGUGUGAAGAGGAGGAAUUCAAAGUGUUACUUCUGGAGUUGAAACACAAACACGAUGUGAUCAUGAAGUCUCAGAUGAGGCAUAAAUCCUCCCUGAGUCGAAGGACCUCCAGCACUGGCAGCCGGGGGAAGGUGGUAAGGAGGGCCAGCCUGUCGGACCGGACAAACCUUUACAGGAAGGAGUGUGAGAAAGAGGCCAUGGUCUGGCAGCAACUGGGGGCAACAGAAGAAGGAAGAAACUCGGGUCUCAUUGGAGAAAUUGGGGAGACUCGGCCUGACCAGGAGAACACGGACCCCAAUUCAUUGCUGGAAAACUCCUCCCUCCUUCCGGAGCUAGCAAACAAAAGCACGCAGUGUGACUCUGAAAUCCCCCUCCAGAAUGGACUCAUGGCAUCUGCCAGCACGUACCAGUACACCUUUUCCAACGGGGACAUUUGGAGUAUGCACACUGACCCCGACAGUAACCCCAGCCACAUGCUGCCCUACGGCAGCCCCGGGCUCCCCGACACGCAGCAGUUCUGGGGUGCCUACAAGGAGCACAACCACCAAACACUCUCCGAACUGAAGCGGCAGCGGGCUGCAGCCAAACUCCUCAACCACCCUUUCCUCAGCACCCACUUCAGCAGCGGCAUGGGAGGAGUUGCCGAGAAUGGGGGUGAGGCCAAGUCACACCUCAUCGGAUCCAGGACUUCUCCCUACAGCUCCAACGGGACCUCGGUGUAUUACACAGUGUCCAGUGGUGACCCACCCCUCUUGAAAUUCAAAGCUCCCAUGGAGGAAAUGGAAGAGAAGGUGCAUGGGUGCUGCAGAAUUUCCUAGUCUCAUCUGUUUCUCACCCCAGAGGAAACAAGAUGUGGGUGGGUUGUUUGGAUCUGUCACAGCGGCCAGGUUGUUUGCAUUCCAAAGGGAAAAUUUGGUUAUGGACAUCCUGGCUGUAGCGGCCUCAUUCACCUGGAAUCGUACUUUACCCUGCCAAUUACUUCCAUUGCCGCUGAAUGAGAAAUGCAGGUGGGAGCAAGGCUCUGAGGAGAGGAAGGGAUGCGCAUCUAUCUGGUGUAAAAAAGAGUCGCCCUGGUCUUGCUCCCUGAGGAAGAAGGUAUGGUGUGCUGGCUCCCUGUCCUUGGGAAGUCAUGGGAUGCCUUGGAACAAGGAAAGGAUCUGAAUUAAAAUCUGCAUCUGAGCCUCUUGCUGUAAGUCACCAAGCUUCUGGAAGGUGACAGUUCAGACCUGAAUUUUCACUUUUGGGUGAUGAAUAUAUCGUGGAAGGGAGAUCAACCCCCACGUGGGGUUUGCAAGAGUGGACAGAGCUGUUUGCUGUACAGCUGGAUCCAGCACUUACAGGGCCUGAGCACCGGGCAAGCAGAGGUGCUGCGCUUGCUUUGGGAAGUUUGCAAGGUGCUGUCUCCUUGCGGUGACAGCUCACCAACACAAACUGUGCGCUGGCUGGGUCCUGUUCUGCUCAUGUAAACUCCUCGCUGCAGACUGCCAUCAGGUUUGAAGCAGAACUUUUCCUGGAACAGGCUUCACUCAAUAGGCUUUAAAACUGGUGUUGCAAUAAGGGGCCCUGGCAAUAGAUAUUACUGCAAUAAAAUACUGACAAAGGUC